GCGGCGGAAGGAAAGGCAUGUGCGUCAAAGCGCUGCUGGGCUGAGCGGAGGCGCCGCUGCCGCCGUAUAAGGAUGGCAGAAGCAGCCCACGCAGCACAGGUUAACCCUUAAGCUCUGUAAAGGAAGGCUGUGGCUACAAAAGGAGAAAGAUGCUGUCAAGGCCCAAGCCUGGGGAGUCGGAGGCAGACUUGCUGAAGUUCCAGAAUCAGUUCCUGGCAGCGAAAGCUUCUGCAGCGGUGAAGGUUGUAAAGAAAGCAGAUAAGAGAAGAGGGGAUCUGGGGAGUGGAGAGGAUGAGAGGCCCCCAUUGCAGCAUGACAGGGAUGUGGUGAUGCUGGAUGACUUUCCUGAUGCGCCCCCUCCACUGACACCAGCACCUCCCAAAAAAUCCAAAUUCAAAAGUGCCCGUGUUCAUUUUGAUGAGGAUCCAGGAGAGCAGUUGGAUCGCAGUGAUCAACACAUCACAGCCGUCUUCAGCAAAAUAAUUGAACGUGACACAAGCACUGCCAACGUGACCAUGCCUGUCUUCACUGGAGAUGCAUUUCCCAGAGUCUUUCACAGGUCCGAAAUAAAAACAGAGGCAAAAUCAUCAGCUGGAAAGAAAAGUAUCUUUGCUCAGAAGAUAGCUGCUAAGAGGGCAGCCGAAGUGGCUCAAAUAUCUUCCCCUACUGCUGAAGAAGCUGAACAGACAAAUGUAGGACCAGCAGCUCCAGAUGCUGUCCUACCUCCUGAAGCCUUGGAGACCCAAUUCCGCAGGGGUGAGGAAGAUAAGCCUGCUGGUAGUGUACACAGUCAGCGGUCAAGCAUUGUCACUGGGAAAGGUCUUGGAAGCCUGGGAGGAGAGCAAGAAGCCCAGAACAUCCACAAGGAGAACGUGGAGAAGCUUCAGUCCAUGUCUCAAGAGCAGAUCUUGGAGGAGCAGAAACGACUGCUGGCUCAGCUAGAUCCCAGUUUACUUGCAUUCUUAAAGUCACGACGUGAUGGUAAAACAACUCGGGAAGGAGAAAGCAAAAAGCAGCAUGAGAGGCCAAGAAAGCUUCUGCAUCCAGAAACGCAGCCUAGACCCCAGCACGAAGCACAAGAAACUCUGAAAGCUCCUUUGUUACAGAAGCCAGUGAUGGAAGAGGUGGAGGGCAUGGAGGAGUCCCUGCAAACAGAAGCUGGUACAAGAAUCGAGGAUAGCACAGGUGGUGACCUUCCAGUGAAGCCUCAGAAAGAGUGGCUCCACAUGGACACUGUGGAGUUAGAGAAGCUGCAGUGGUUGAAGGACCUCCCUGAACCUCGGCAGAAGAAAACCAAAAAGGCAAUGCAGGCACGCUUCAAUUUGAAGGGAGAACUUAUUCCCCCAGAUAAAGACCUCCCCACACAUCUGGGCCUACACCACCAUGGAGAGGAAGCAGAAAGGGCUGGCUACUCGCUCCAAGAGCUCUUCCACUUGUCUCGCAGCCAGGUCAUUCAGCAAAGGACUCUGGCUUUGCAGGUGCUGGGCCACAUUGUCCAGAAGGCCAAGGCAGGGGAGUUUGCCUCCUCACUGAAAGGAAGUGUCCUGCGUGUGCUGCUUGAUGCCGGUUUCCUCUUUUUGCUCCGCUUCUCCUUGGAUGACCCUGUGGAUAAUGUCGUUGCAGCCACUGUCCACGCCCUCCAUGCGCUGCUUGUCUCCCCAGAUGAUGAGGAGUAUCUGGACAAGACUUUUUCAUGGUACCAGGGUAUGACUGUCUACCCUUUUAUCCCGAACGAGGGCGAAGAGGAGAUGGAGGAGGAAGAUGAGAAUGAAGAACAAGCUCCAACCCAGAAGGCACCGGGGAAAAGACCAAAGGAUGAAAACAAACCAGAUCCAGAAGUGGCACAAUAUGAUGCCAUAAAGGGACUGCUAAAAACCAAGAUUCUUCAGCGCCUGAGAUACAUUCUGGAAGUAAUGCGACCUGUGCCUUUGGUAGUCCUGGAGAGUCUAGACAUCCUAAUGCGCAUAGCAAGGCACUCUACUGAAGCAUGCAGUCGGAUUCUGGAUUGCCCUCGCCUGGUUGAGAUGGUCAUCAGAGAAUUCCUCCCCACCCAGUGGAAUCCAAGAGUAGCUGAACCUGGGCAGUUGCUCACAAGCCUGCAUGGAGUUCCAUGCGCCACUGCCAUGAAGCUAAUGAGAGUCUUGGCAUCUGGAGGGAGGAAUGCGGCUGCCAGGCUGCUUAAUAAGUUCGAACUGAAGAGUCGGCUGGGUCGCUUCGUAGCUGAAGAUCCCAAAGACCUUCCCUUGAGGAUAGAGGAAGCCAUAAGGAUGAACACUGAAGCUUUCCGCUUGUGGGCUGUGGCCACCGGCUACGGUCAGGCCUGUGAUCUCUUUGGGGAUCUCUAUUCUGUGCUAAUGAAGAUGGUUCCAUCCCUGGCUCAAUUGGCUGGCAGUUUUCAGGAGAACAACUCUCUAUUUGAACUUUCUGUCCAGCGAGCUACAGCCAUGGUGACUCUGCUUACUCAAGUGACACAGACGGCCGGCUGCAGGGCAGAACUGCAAGCCCAGCUUAGCAGGAGUGAUCCAGAAGGCGGUGGCCAGAUUCCGCCUCCGCCAGUCACCUGGAGUCAGGUAUCGGGCUUCAGGCCCAUCAUUGAAAUGCAACUAAAAGGAUGCCUCGAACAAAUAACCCAGCUGGAGAUCUGGCAGGCACUGCAGCCCCUCACAACAGCUUAUGUCCUUUACAUGGCGGCAUAUUACAGUCACUGCAAACAGCAGCCAUCAGUAAACCCCAUUGACUCCUUAGAGGAAGUGGAGCAUCUGACAUCAGUGCUGCUGCUGCCUCUCCUCAGCCAGCCAGUCAUGCAGAACCUCUGGGAAAUGCUCAGGCCAUGCUCUGCUCUGUGCAAUCCUUUAACCUGCUCUCCAGCGCCAGAAUCUCUCCCCAGCAUCGUUUCUCUGAGCUGCACUGGGGGCAAACCCCCAAUGAGCCUUGCAGGCUCUAAAUCGCCUUUCCCAUUCCUUACUGCCUUCCUGGUGCUUGUGGAUAGCAUCAUCACCGUACACAAAGGGCUGGUUGGCAAGUAUGUCUCCAUACUGGAUGUGAAGGGUGUGACAGACUAUCUGCUGCAGAGCUGGACUGCUGACCCGCCUUCUAUAACUCCUUCCUCUGCUUGGCUCUUGAGCCAUGAGUACCACUUUCAAUAUUAUGUGCUUUCACUGGCUCAGAAAAUGGCAGGUACUUGUCCGGAUUACAGCCGGCAUGCUUCACUCCAUCACUCCGUUGCCAUGGCGUUGUUAAGCCGUUUGUUGCCAGGCAGUGAGCACCUGGCUCAUGAGCUCCUAUUGGGCCUUGCUUUCAAUGCAAAACUGAUUCCGGAAGGCAAAUCAGGGGGGCCAGAAGCUGCUGAUUUCUCAGACCUUCUGCACUUGAGCACAAAGGCGAAGCCAGCACAGCCAGGCUCAGCAGCUGCUGUUCCUCCACUCCCUAGUCGUGGUGCCUUACUGGAAGAAGCAUACCGGCAACUCCCACUGAUCCAGGCCUGCUACCUCUCUCAAUUUGCUUACUUGGAGCCUGCCCUUGUUCGUUCCAGAGAUGUUUACCAAGGACGAACACACUUAAUCCAAUCCAUGAUUCUUCCUGAGGUCAAAGGGCCAAUCCUACCUUCUGAUUGGCCAUUCCUUCCUCUCAUCAACCUCUAUAAUAGUGUGACUGGUACAGAAACCCGGUGGGCUGGGCUGAGUUCUCUCCCACUGGAUCUUGUGCGCACAGUGACUCAGAACCUGCAGUGGGUCCUCUUGCUGGAGACUUGGAGAGCCAGGGUCCUUCAGGGCAUCUCCGCGGCAGCCAAACUUGCAAGGCUUAUGUGUGUCUUCCUCACAGGCAGCGACUUGUUCCUGGAAGGGCCUGUCCAUUGCUACACAGCUGCUCUACUCUCCCUUUACUGCCAGCCCAAAGUCCUGGACUCCUUGAACUUGGAUGCUCCCCUCCCUGGCUUAGCUUCUUUCCAUGACCUCUACAUCAACCUCCUUGAACAGUUUGAAGGUGUCUCCUUUGGAGACCCACUCUUUGGCAUCUUCGUGCUUCUUCCUCUGCAGAGGCGGUUUAGUGUGCAGCUAAGGAUGGCUAUCUUUGGAGAGCAUGUGAGCACCUUGAGGGCACUGGGAGUUCCACUCCAGCAGUUUCCUGUGUCUCUGGAGCGAUACCUUUCCCCUGUUGAAGACAACCUGAACCUCUUACGGCAGUACUUCCAGACCUUGGUCACAGGGACCUUGCGACAGAACUGGUGCCCUGUACUUUAUGUGGUUGCUGUGUCCCAUGUCAACAGCUUCAUUUUCUCACAGGAUAGCACCACACAGGAGGUUGAUGUGGCCCGAAAAAGCAUGCUCCAGAGGACCUGGCUCUUGGCUGAUGAGGUACUCAGGCGACAUCUUCUCUACUAUAAAUUGCCAAAUAAAGAGAGCCCAGUGGGCUUUGACCUUUAUGAGCAGCUUCCCAGCAUUCGUCUGAAAUACCUGCACGCCGUGACUAAGAAGCAGCCCAAGGAGGAGCCAUUCGCAUCAGAUUUGUAGAGAAGAACCUCAGCAGCUGACAGUUUGGGGGGGGGGGCAACAGCGCUAAGACUUGAGACGAGGUUGGUCACCCUCCUGGUCUCUUGCCUUGCCUGAGGAGCAUGACAGGAAGGAUCUGCACUGUCGGCCUGGCUUGGCCUUGGCAUAGUUUCCGUGAAAACAGCUUGACUCUUCAUGAUGGAAGAAAUUGGACAAGCAAGUGUUUCUGCCAAGAUGAAAGACAAAUGAUUUU